CUGUGCAUGUCAAGUCAAGCUUCGGGAGCCGAUGAUGUCGGCGAGGAAUUAGGACUCAGAGCUUCGGCGGCGCUUCUACCUCUCCACUUUUGACUGUCUCGCACCGCACCGCAGUCCAAGUAGCACCGAGUAUACAAGAGCCAGCGCAUUCAAUCCAGCUCUUGACUCUUGACCCCCUGCUCCUCGUGCACAUACAUACGUCCACAAUGGCGCCGACAGGCCUCCUCAACUCCUUCCUGGCCGCCAUCCAGGCCUCCCUCUCCGUGCUGCUGGUCAUCUUCUACGGAGGGGUCGCCGCCCAUCUCAAGCUGCUCAACUCGGCCAACACCAAGGCCAUCUCCAAGAUCUGCGUGCGCAUGUUCCUCCCUGCCCUGCUGGUGGUCAAGAUUGGCUCCGAGCUGCACGCGGGCUCGGCGAGGCGCUACCUCAUCGUCUUCAUCUGGGCCAUCGUCUGCCACCUGAUCUCCUUCCUGAUCGGCAUCGUCGCGCACCUGUGGCUCGGCAUGCCCGACUGGACCACCGUGGCGCUGAUGUUCAACAACACGACGUCGUACCCACUCCUGCUGAUCGAGGCGCUGGACGAGACGGGCAUCCUGCGUGCGCUGAUCGUGACGGACGAGACGACCGACGCCGCCGUCGAGCGCGCCAAGAGCUACUUCCUGGUCUUUGCCACAGUCAGCAGCUGUCUGACCUUUGCGGUCGGGCCGAGACUGAUCGACACCGAACAUGCCCCCGAGGAGGAGGAGUCCAAGGACGACGGACCGGGCGGCCACGAUGACGACGAUGACGAGCCCUUUGACGCCGUCGAGCGCACGUACCGCGAACCAGACGAGGCCUUGGCCAACGAGGAGACGGGCCUGCUGCAGAGUCCCGACACGUACACCUUCCCGCAGCGCCAGUCGACCAUCUCCUUCGCCAGCUACACGGAGAACUCGUUCUUCCCGUCGACGCGCCGGUCGUCAUUCGUCGGGGCCAGCGGCGGAGGCGGUGGUGGUGGUGGUGGCCGCCCGUCCUCCCAAUCUCAACCUUCGCGGCGCCCGUCGCUCGCCGUGCCCCUGCACCGGCGCGCGUCCAUCGUGCCCAAGAGGCAAUGGUACAAGCUCGGCCCGCGCGCGCAGUGGUGGCUGCUGUUCGUGUCGGACUUCUUCAACGCGCCCCUCCUGGGCGCGAUCGUGGGCGUCGUCAUCGGCCUGAUCCCGGUGCUGCACCGCGCCUUCUUCAACGACACCUACGAGGGCGGCAUCUUCACCGCGUGGCUAACCGCCUCGCUGAAGAACAUUGGCGGCCUGUUCGUGCCCUUACCCGUCGUCGUCGCCGGCGUGAGCCUCUACACCGCCAUGCAAGAGGCCCGCAAAGCCGCGGCCGAGGGCCAGAAGACGCAGCACAUGCCCUGGCUGACCGUGACGUUCAUCAUGGUCACGCGGUUUGUGCUGUGGCCCGCGGCCUCCAUCUACUUUAUCUUCUUGCUCGCGUCCAGGUCGACCGUGCUGGGACCAGAUCCGAUGCUGUGGUUUGCCAUGAUGUUGAUGCCAACCGGCCCGCCGGCAAUGAAAUUGAUCACGCUCAUCCAGGUCAGCGACGCGGAGGAGGAAGACGAGCGCAACAUCGCGAAGCUGUUGACGAUUUCCUACCUCAUCUCACCGAUCCUAAGUUUCACGGUCGUGGGUGGAUUGAGGGCCGCUCAGGCGGCGAUCCCGCCGUCGUGAUAGUGUAUCUAUCCUAUCACGGAAUCAUUGCACAGAGACAUGGGCGACAGACUGAGAACAGAACCCUCACCAUGUAAAGCGAGUACAGGACGACAAGCAUUUGCUUUUUUCUGCCAGGAGGAUUUCCAUUGGGGGCUUUUGAUUCCGUGUGACGGUGUAUUUAUAUUUGGAGGGCAAAGGGCACGAGGCCUGCUAUUUUAUGGAGUAUAUGCGUAAGGGGCUUGGAUGACAUGACAUGUACUCGGUAUAUAUUAUAUGCUCAAGAUUGGAUCCAGCCUGGUGCUUAUCCAGUAUCUAUUACCAGG